UCGCUCGCUCCGCCGCGCCAACGCGCUAGCGUGUGAUACCUCGUGCCAAAAUGUUACAAACAAUUUCGCACAACCAAAACACUCAGUGACAUCGUUUAAUACUGUUCUUUACGAAAACAGUCUUUUAAAGUGCUCUGUGGGAUUAAAGUGUCUGUGUUUCAACUUAUUCUUUUAACGACUGCACAAUGCGAAAGUUUUUCAUUAAAUUCGUCAGUGUGCACGAAAUAUUGACGGGAAAAUGUUGAAGGGAUAUUUUGUUUUCGUGUUCGUAUUCCAGUGCUUUUCGGCCGGCUUCAGCUCAAGCCUCCUGUGCGGAGGCACGAAUGAGCUGAGCCUCGGCAACGGGGCCGGCGCGGGCGCCGCCAUUGCGCUGGCGCUGGUGCGGCCGCCGGCGGCGCGCGGGCCUUGCUCGCUGCGGCUGCUCGCGCCCGACGCGGCUGCGUUCACUGCGAGGCUUAUUGAUGUUAAGGAGAACCUGUCAGAAUGGGAGCGCGGCGCCCUAGAAGUGUCUUCGCCGGCGCUGGUCGCAGGCGUGGCGCAGCAGGGUCGCAAGUGGGGCGCGCGCAGCGCCACCGCGCAGCACACGCGCGACGACCAGGCGCCGCCGAGGGCCAACGCCACUCAAGCGUGCAAAUUGCUUGUGUACAUAGGCGACGCCAUAAAACCUAUAUGGCGCAUUAAUCUCUGCGGCGGCAACGCAGCGGCGGUGGCCGCGCGCGCCGGCACCAAACUACUGCCACCGAAGAUCAAGAUUGUGUGGAACCCGCCUACGUCGCCUUAUCAGCACACCGAGAAGUUGAGGCUUGUGGUCACUGCGGUCAAUAGUGGCUCCGUAUGCAACAACGAAUCUCAAUUCAUCUGCGGCAUGACCAGCCUAUGCAUAUCCUCCUAUCUCGUCUGCGACGGCGUCCGCCAUUGCCCUGGAGGCGAGGACGAGGAUACCUCAGCAUGCAUGCAUAGGAAGGACCCACCUCUACUGGAACUGCUUAGGAGGUUCGCUGCCAGGAACCAGGAGUUGUUAGGCUUGGAUCAGAACGAUGGGAUGACGAAACCUUCUGUCAUAAGCGAUUUGAAACUUUCAGUGAAGAUCACCGAGAGCGAGCAGAAGUCCAACGCGUUCCUCGAGUUCGCGGCCGCGCUGAAGCCCUACGGCCCGUGGAGUUAUCUCGUGGUCGGCAUGCUGGUCUGCGCCACUAUCCUCAUGUUCUGUCUCGCGUGGGAAUGCUGCUGCAAGCGCUCCAAGCCCUCCGACACACCAAUCAACAUCCCAGCCUCCUGCAUAGAUCUCUCCCCAACAGUCACGGUCACAGCAACCUCCCAACACCUCUUCUCCCCAACCCCAACCUCCCCUCCCGAGUACGAACCUCCCCCGUCUUACUCCUCCCUGUUUCCUAGAGCGUAUAAGUGCGAAGACCCCGUACCACAGUGCUCGACGCAGCCGGAUUAGGUUUUCAAAUUAGGUACGAGGUUUUUAAGGUUUUUUAGAGGUGUUGGAAUGACAUUUGAGGAUUUGUCAUGUGACAUUACAAAGCGAGUGACGUGUUCAAAAUGAUCAUGUCCCGACUAUUGUGAGAUUUGUUUACACUUUAGCACCUGGGCAAGGUAAAGAGCCUUUGUAAUAUGCGGAAAAUGUAAACAUACAUAGAUAGUUUAGAAAACUUGGCUCGCUAAGGUGGCCGUGUGAAGCGCAGCUGGAAGUGCGGGGAAAGUAAAGGUGACAGCCGGGUAGCAACUGCAGCUGCAUUAAAGGUGACUCACGCUAGACCGGGCCGGGCCUGGACCGAGGCGUCCGACAUUUUCUACGACGGCUGAUCGGUGAUCACGUGGUGCUUUCCAUAGCAAACGAAGCGCCGGAUGCUCCGGCCCGGUAUAGCGUGAGUCAUCCUUUACUGUAGCGUUAUUUCUGCUGGAACAUUGAUGCAGGCGUUGUCACUCACAAUUUUUUUGAUAACUUUCUAAUCGCGACAGUAUUGCCCCAGCAGUUAUUCUGCUGCAGUUGCCAUUGGAAUUUCACCUUUAGGUACCAAUGAUAUUUUACUUGAAUACGAUAGUUUCCAAAGGACCUAAUUUUCUUUGAAAACUUAGACAAACCAGCCUUCUAAGAAAUCUAGAAAUCUCGAUUGAAUCCGAAAUGUUAUGUGAUUUUGUGUUUGAUAUUGUCCUAUGCUAGGGUCUGAUUUUAAGAUAGGCUUGAUGCCACGCAUGUAGUGUAGGUAUAUAGGGUCAUGAAGAAAAUAAUCAAUAAAUUUCGUUAUCUGCAUCUCUAUCGCUUUUAAAUUUUCGAGCGAUAAUAAAUGCAGAUAGAGAAAUUUCUAUUUUGGUUUUUUCUUGUUAUGAAACGAAAUUAUGCUCAAACUACGUAUUUCGCCGUUACAUGGAAUAUUCAAAGUAACUUUACAGACUGUGGAGAUUAUAUUAUAAUUAUCGACUAAACCAUUUUUACCAUUUAUACAUAUUGUAAUAUUGAUCGAAUUUACUCUCAUGUGCGAAAAUUUACAGUUCAUCGCAAAAGUUUAAACUCUCAAAUGUUCAAGUUGCGGGCACUUGAAAAAAAUCCCUGACAUAUCAGGAAUAUUUCACAAUAUAUUUUUGAAUACUUUCUGACGGAACGUCAGUCGUACCAUCGCCCACACUGUUAACUGUACAUCGGCGGACCUUAUGUCUUUUGUAAUAAGGUCCACAGAUGUACAGUUAGGAGCGUUGCUGUUUGUACUCAUGAAUGAGAUUUUCAGUUUAUUUCAUUUUUUUAGAUUACUGAUGCUACAUGCGUGAAAAUUGUAAAUAAUUAGUUAAGUAUAAAGUACAAUAUCUAAACAUCUAUUCUGGGACCAAAACUGUGUUGAUAUCUAUUUCUUUGUAUAACAAAAUCUAUUCUGGUGUUUAAAAAUAUCGUAAUAGCAGGCACUUAAUUCGGUCUCAAAUAUACAAAACGCUUUUAUAUUAUUUUUGAACACAUUGGACAUUGCAGUUUAGCAACUGGCUGGUUUAAAACAGUUUUUGCUUUAAUACGUGAUCCAAUUGUAAAUAGAUGUUGAUAUACAACAGUAUGAUCACCUAAUAAGAUGUAUUAUAUUAUUUAUAUUACUAUAAAAACGUGAUACUACUAGCGCCAUCCAGUGUCGAGUAGCAACAACAAAAUUAAUACUGCUAUUGGCGAUGGCGCUAAUGUCGCGCGUAUCAACGAAAGUUACAAUGGAGCUACAUUAGUUCCCGUUUUCGCCACCAGCGCUCGUAAGUUUGUCGUGUCUGAUUAUUUCUUAUUUGGUGAUUAUCUAACAGGUAUAAACUACGUAGGUAUAGAACUAAAUGUCUGAUUGUUUGUGCCUUGGAUACCUUGUAAUUACGUGUGUACAUUUAGUUGUAAUGCUUAACGAUUGAAAACAGGUAUACGACUAAUAAAAGUAAUAAAAUAUUGUGCAAGGUGACCAGCACACCUAAUGUUGUGUAAGGGUGGUAUUCCACCUGUCCCAUUUCUUUGUCCAAUGUCAGUGCGUUUCACUCUCUCAUUAAAGCAAAAUGUGAGACGCAAUACACAUUGGACAAAUCAAUUGGAAUGGAAUACCACGGAAAAUGGGGUGGAAUACCACCCUAAGUCGACUCAAGAAAUAUGGAAUGAAUGACUAUUUGUAUACUACACCUUUGUUACUUCUAUAGAGCUCGCAUGAUUGUCUUUUAAAUCAGAAAUAAACAGUCAUGAGAGCUAAACUUUGUUUUAUAUCCCAGAACUAAAAUAACAUUUUAAAUGGCAAUCGCAUUGGGCACAUUUCCUGUUGUUGACUAAUUUUAUGCUAGAAAAUUACAGAUUGGUUGGACAAAUUGGGGGAUAUCUGAUCGUUUGACGGGUUGAAAAGAAAUAAUUGACUUUGAAAACAGGGGCGAAUGGGAUUAUUUUACAAAAAAAAACAUUGAAUAGUUACGCGCUCCUUAAUAAAGUAUCAAUAGAAGCGUAAAUAAAAAGGGAGAAAUGCCUUUGCAUUCAUUACAGUUUUUUACAAUGCUCAAUUAUACUGAAGUUGGUAAUUCAUAUUUACCAAAAUCGGAGUUCAAUAUAGGUAUGAAAAAAAUCUGUUUAAAUGUUUUUUUCAUAUGCCGAAUUACCUCAUCUUAACUUAAAAGGAAUAUGCAAAGGAUUCCUUGUCAAAAAUCACAUAUAGACUAACGAAACGACACAGAGAUAGACAUCACAAUUUGUAUAGCAUUAUAACUACCUACUAUUGUAAGAUAACUUGUAUUAGGCAAAAAGAACUCUCAAAAUGCCCUUAAGUGCAUCAGCUACCUUCUUGAUUUUCCUUUGAACCCUUUGACCGUUAAAGAAGUCAACUGACGCGCGCUAGCUACGGCACAAAACUGUACACGGCGGGAAGAAGUUGAUAACUCGAGAUAUUCUACUGAAGAAAAUUGAACUUAAAAUUAAAUUACAUAAGGUUCAAAUUUCUUCAAUUUUUCCCGCCAGAUAUCAACUUCUUUUUAACCUUUUGAACGCCAAACGGCACAUCCAAUUGCCGUGCUACUGACGCCACGGGGGUUAAAUUUCAAAUGCCGUCUUUGGCGUCGUUGUCACGAUUUUGCGUUGACGUCAAUUGCCGUCUGUGGCGUUCAAAAGGUUAAAUAUCGUCCAUUCCGCCAAAGAUACAUGAUGACGCACCGUUUAUGUAACGGCAUUCAAAGGAUGUCCAUAUAAAGUUAUUAGGCAUCAUUCGUGUCCAUAUUAUUAAGUAUCUAAGUAAGUAGUUGGAAAAACUAUACCUGGCACAUAAUACAAGAUCUGAUUUAAUCUGUGACUAGUCUUCAUUAUAGAAAUAUUUUCGUUUAUAGUAUUUUAUUUGAAACGUUAGGUAAAUAAUUCAUGUCAAUGGUAUGGUCAAAAUAUUAAACUAGUUUGAAUCUUGUUACUUUUGGGAACUUUAUAUUAUUGUAAGUAGGUAUAAUUUUGCCAGCACCCACACAUACAUUGUAUAUUAAUGUUCAGAAACCGAAAAGAGAAAAAACAAGAAUACCUACCUCUCAAAAAUACCUACUGAGUAGGUUUAGCAAGAUAAACUACUCGAUUUAUUUAAGUGUAUGAAUGAGAAAGGGACAGGUAGCCUAUCUCGCGCGCUAGAUAUUGUCGCGGCGCACUCGUGCUAAGCCUAUUGAUUAUCUAAUUUAUUACUUAAUCCAAUUUUGUGUAAUUUUUAAACUCAAUUUGGGGCAAAUACAUGUAGGUACCUUCAUUGUAUUCUUUCGAAUUUUGACAGUUAUUAAUAUCUUAUUCCCAAAAAAGACGAACAACGGUAGCUAAUUAUAUGAAAAAGCAAUUAUUAUACCUAAUUUUUUACUUAAGUUCUUAUGCUGAUUGUAUUAAAGACGUUAAAUGUAAACUGACUAUUUAAAAAUCGGCUACAUGUCAAUUGGGGUAAAAGAUAAUAAAUGGGCCUAAAACCUAUUCACCCCACUGUUGCAUCCACCCCAGUUGACACAUCCGUUUCAUAAGUUUCAUAUAAGAAAUUAAAUUAUAUGGUGACAUGUAACUUCGAAUAUAAAAAAGUGAUAAUUAGUUAAGUAACUAUGUAUUAUAGAAAAACAAACGAUUAAUACAAAAUAUUUAUAUUUUAAAAAUAA